AAAGACACAGCUGCAGAACCAGGAGUCAUGGCUUUAAGGAGAGAAUUGUAUUUGGUUUCAAUGUUGUUUGUGAUAUCAAUAUUGAGCCAAGUGAGAGGGUACAGAGGACAAUUAGUUGGUGGCAAAAGUGAAGUGAGCGAUGUGAAGACCAACAAGGAGGUGCAAUCACUUGGGAGGUUCUCGGUGGAGGAGUACAACAGGUUGCAGCAGCAGGAGGAGGAGAAGAACGGCGGUGGAAGCCGGAAGCUGAUAUUCACGGAGGUGGUGGAGGCGCAGAGGCAGGUGGUUUCAGGGAUCAAGUACUACCUCAAGGUUUUAGCCAUGCAGAAUGGGGAAACUAAGGUGUUUGAGUCGGUUGUUGUGGUGAAGCCAUGGCUUCAUUCCAAAGAGUUACUCCACUUUGCACCUUCCACUACUGGUUUUAAAUUAUAUAUUAAUUAAUAUAUUUUCUAAUCUUUUUAGUCAUUGCAUUUAACUACGUGAGUCUAGGUAAAUAUCUGAGGGUCUAACCUUUUUUG